UAGCACAACGAGACAGGAUCAAUCGAGGCAAUGGAGGGAACAUCCAGUUCGUCGUCCGCCGUGAUAAAUGCCCUAACUAACCGCGGCUGGUGCUUCAAAGACUCCGAUUACUUGAAGACUCUAGUCAUUCAAAUAUCCUCUUCCAUCGGCGGCAGUAAUCAAACAGGCGCCAUCGUGGAUUCAGUGGAGGCGGAGCUGCUUAACAUGGAUAUCAGGUUAAUCGGAGGUAAGUCCCUCCCAGACGCGACCGAGUUACGCAGGUGUUCUCAUCUUCAAGGUCCCAAAGUUCUCCAGAUAAGUUCCGUCAGAGAUGUUACAAAGAGUAGUGCUGAGGAGUUUCUAGGAAGCUCGACUGGUAAACGUGUGCUAAAACUCGUUCUCACUGAUGGAAAGACAGAGAUAUCGGCACUUGAGUUCUCUCAUAUACCAUCGUUAAACAAUGAUGUGACUCCUGGUACUAAGGUGCGAUUAGAAAACAAGGCUGUUGUGCGUGACGGUCUAGUAUGUUUGACACCAAAAGAGGUGACUGUAUUGGGAGGUCAUGUGCAAUCACUCUUUGAUGAAUGGCAGAUGAAGAGAAAAUACGCUAGUUUGUCUCGUUCUUCCGGAAGGCAAUCUCAGGAAGGAAAAGCUGGUGAUGGCCCUCCUCCUUUUGAGGAGUUGCAGAUCCGAACUGGUUCCCAUCACCGUGAUUCCUACAAGGCGACUUCUAGGACUAUUGUACCUACUGCUGUAGAAAGAGCCGCAAAACAUACUGGUGGAGAAAAAAAAGGUGAAACUAGUGAAGUUGCUGGCAACAAAAUAGGUGCUGAUAAGAAUUUACAGAAGAGUUCUGCAGAUUCUGAUCCGAAAAUAUCUGUCAAAGUUGAAAAUCAAGAUAAGCCAAGCAGUUCUGAUACAAGACCUAAACAAGCGGUGGAAGCUGUUCCUUUACAAAACCAAGCGGCUGCUCAGGUACUUCUUGAGAAGAUGAAACAUUCGAGUACAAAUGAACGGCAAUACCGAGGACGAGGACGAAGAGGUAGAGGUAGAGGGAGGGGAAGAGAAGAAGACGACGACUCUGCAGUAUUAACACUUGAGGAGUGGGAAAAGAGGAAAACUAGCGGGGGAGCUGUCGCAACAGCUGACCAUCCGAGCGACACUACACGUGAUGAAGAUCUCGCGUGGCAGCUUCAGAAUCAGUUUGAUCUUGAAGACUCUUCUUAUGGACAGGAGGUGCACGGAACUGGGGCAGCGGAUAUCAGAAUGAAUAUGUUUGACUACGGAAGAACAGAUGAUAACUUUGGCCAUGGAAGGGGAAGAGGUGGAAGAGGAAGAGGGCGAGGGAGAGGACAUAGGCGAGGAAGAGGACGUUUUUAGGUGUACUGAGUAUGUGUAGAGACACUUUUGGAUAGAAGUUUACAUUACACAACAAUGUUUCCAUCUUAAAACACUCUCGCAGGUACACCCAUAUGUUGUUUCUUCAUUUCUGUAGUGAAUUUGCAUUGAAUGAUACAGAACUGGGAGAGAAGAGACAUGGAAGUUCAUAUAAUGUAUUAAUUAUUGACGCCUCCUAAAGACGAACAAUGAUCCU